AUAUCUCGCGCUCUCUCUCUCCCCCUCCGCAUCGGCCAAUCUCAUCUCUUCCAUUUACGUCUCUCUUCGCCGUCGCGGCUUUUCUCGGUUUCCGAUCGCUGUUGCAUGAGAGCAGUCGGCAGAUAUUGGAUCUCAAAUCCUCCGCCUACUCUGUUCCUUCUCAAGCUUCUUUCGAUAUUCUCCUGUUUCUUCUGGAAAACGGAACGGCUUUGAGGACGUUGACGAACGGUCGAGGUAAAGAUGAGUAGUAAGGAAUCAAAGAGUGGCCGUGGGCGCCGUGUGAAAUGGGAUGAAGAUAAUAUUGGUCAUAUUGAAGCAAAUAAACCUGUGCGGCAGAAAAUUACUGAACCCAAAACGCCUUAUCAUCCCAUGAUUGAUGAUGACGAGUCUCUUUCUCCUGUGAGGGACAGAUUUGACUUGUGUGUUGGCGAUGCAAUGCAUGCAGAAGCCAUUCGAACUGCGUUGAAUGAUGUAGCUUCUUCAUCAAGUGGUAAAAGCAGCCAGCGAUCUAGUGGUUGGACGUCUUCUGAGGAUGAAGCAGAUGCCAUGGACCAAGAUGAUGAAGAUAAGGGCAAUUUGAGCUUUAAGGAACACAGAAGAGCUCACUACGAUGAAUUUAGGAAAGUUAGAGAACUCCUAAGGAAUGGUUCGCUUUUAGUGGAAGAAGACGACGAUGAAAACGUUGAGAUGGAUGUGACAAGAAGAUGUUAUUCAUCUUCAUCACCAAGUACAGGUGUGAAGCACAUAGGUAUUGAGAAAAAGGAUAAAGAUAAUUUCUCUCAACAAUCCCCUUCACCAGCCAAUGGAGUUGGAGGUAGAUCCAAGCAAAGGCAAAACAUAUCCAACUGACUGUUAGAAACAUCUGAUAAGAAAUUGUUUGGGUGCAAAAUUUCCAAUUUCUUUUUUUUUUUUUUUCCUUUUCCUUUCCAUUUUUGUCUAUGUAGGACUCUGUAUUGUAAAUAACUUCAUUUCUUUGUCCAUCUCAAAUGUGGCAAGAGUAUGAUAACAUCUGGCUUCUUUUCCUUUUGUUCCGUUCCAUUUCUGCUUGGCAAUAAUUUUGAACUUGAAGCCAAAAGGUUUCAUGAGCAAAGCUUGCAUACUUUGUGUGUUUUUGAUGCA